ACAAAGUGAGACCCUAUGCCAAAAAUAAAUAAUUGAAAAUCCCUCCCUCGCCUCCUCUCUCAACGUUAAUGUUGUGUGACUGUAUUCUCCCGCUGAUGGUCUUGUCUUUCUAGGGGCUGUGAACAAUGGAACCAAACUCUCAAAGAACUAAAGUCCCGGCUUUCUUAUCUGACUUGGGGAAGGCCACACUGAGGGGGAUCAGGAAGUGUCCCCGAUGUGGCACAUACAAUGGAACCCGUGGGUUGAGCUGUAAGAACAAGACAUGUGGGACCAUAUUUCGUUAUGGUGCCCGGAAGCAGCCUAGCAUUGAAGCUGUCAAAAUCAUCACAGGCUCUGACCUACAGGUCUACUCUGUGCGGCAAAGAGACCGGGGCCCUGACUACCGAUGCUUUGUGGAGCUGGGUGUUUCAGAGACGACAAUCCAGACAGUGGACGGGACAAUCAUCACUCAGCUGAGCUCUGGCCGGUGUUAUGUCCCCUCAUGUUUGAAAGCCACUUCUCAAGGCAUCGUGGAAAACCAGUGUCAGCACAUCAAGCUAGCAGUGAACUGCCAGGUGGAGGCCACCCCUCUGACCCUGAAGAGUUCAGUCCUGAAUGCGAUGCAGGCUUCCCCAGAAACCAAACAGACCAUCUGGCAGUUGGCCACGGAACCCACAGGUCCCCUGGUGCAGAGAGUCACUAAAAACAUCAUGGUAGUGAAAUGCAAGACAAGCCAGAAGCACAGCUUGGGCUAUUUGCACACGUCCUUCCUGCAGAAAAUCAGCUCAAGAAGCCUGCCGGAGCGCCGCUUCCUCUGCUCCUGCCAAACCCUGAAGUCACACAAGUCCAGUGUCCCCAAGGCCGAGGCAGCCCCAAGGUGCAUCCACUUCUUUGCUUGCCUCUGUGCCUUUGCCAGUGAUGAGACAUUGGCUCAGGAAUUCUCAGACUUCUUAAAUGUUGAUGCCAGCGGUCUUAAAGAGAUAAUUGUGCCCCAGCUAGGCUGCCACUCAGAAUCGUCUGUCUCUGCUUGUGAGUCUGCUGCCUCUAAGUCAAGAAAGAGGAAGAAGGAUGAAGUGUCUGGUGCACAGGUGAACAGCUCUCUGAUGCCUCAAGAUGCAGUAACCAGCAAUCUAAAGAAGAGUGGCCUGAAAAAGCCUGUGGUUGCUUCUUCACUAAAAAGGCAGGUCUGUGGUCAGCUGUUAGAUGAGGCACAAGUGACCUUGUCCUUCCAAGAUUGGCUGGCCAGUGUCACAGAGCGUAUCCAUCAGACCAUGCACUAUCAGUUUGAUGGCAAACCGGAGCCCCUGGUGUUCCACAUUCCUCAGUCCUUUUUUGAUGCCUUGCAACAGAGAAUAUCCAUAGGAAGUGCAAAAAAGCGGCUCCCCAACUCCACCACAGCUUUUGUUCGGAAAGAUGCCUUGCCACUGGGAACCUUUUCCAAGUACACCUGGCAUAUCACUAAUAUUCUGCAAGUUAAACAAAUCUUAGACACCCCAGAGAUGCCCCUGGAAAUCACACGUAGCUUUAUCCAGAACCGGGAUGGGACUUAUGAGCUGUUUAAAUGCCCUAAAGUAGAAGUAGAGAGCAUAGCAGAAACCUACGGCCGCAUAGAGAAGCAGCCCGUGCUGAGACCCUUGGAGCUGAAAACCUUCCUAAAAGUUGGUAACACUUCCCCAGAUCAAAAGGAGCCUACACCCUUUAUCAUUGAGUGGAUCCCAGAUAUCCUCCCGCAAUCCAAGAUUGGUGAGCUUCGAAUCAAGUUUGAGUAUGGUCACCACCGGAACGGACAUGUGGCUGACUACCAGGACCCAAGGCCACCCAUGGACCAGCCUUUGGAGCUGGCCCCUCUGACCACUAUCACUUUCCCUUGAGGCAAAUCAAGAGUAUUUUGCGGAGUUUGCACAUCCCAACCCCUGACCACUGUAAACCCUAGUAGAACUUACUCAG